AUGAGCUCUCACCGUCUCCAGUCACGCGGUCAGACUGCAGCCAAUCGGCUCUCUCCCCCAAGGCGGUGACGCGUCCCUGUUGCCGUGGAGACGCGUAUUUCCGGUCAGCUGUUUAUCGGUGUCCAUGGUGACGGAGAAGGCCUCAGUAAAGAUGGCGGCGGUGGAGCUGAGUGAGGCGCACCGGGCGGAGGUGAUGAGUUACAUUCGCUUCGCUCAGGGGAAGCGGCAGCUCCGGUUGAAGAGUGUCCGCUCGUGCUUCCAGGACGUGGUGGAGGGGCGCCUGACGGAGGACACGUACACGGCGGAGGAGGUGACGGACCUGCUGAGCGGCCUGCAGGCGGCGGUACUGAGCGAGGUGGAGCUAGAGCUGCUAAACUCCGCCCACACCAACGUGCUCCUCCUCCAGCAGCUGUUCCUCCAAUCGCAGCACUGGCACCUGACCCUCCACACCGACGUAUCAGAGCUGGAGAACCGACAACUGCUGGAGAGGGUGGCCGAGCUGGAGAGAGGCCAGGACCCCGCCCCUUCCUCCGCCCACCCCCGCCUCACCCCCAUCGAAGGCCCCGCCCAGCUCCUCCACGCCGAGAUCUCCCGCCUCCAGGAGGAGAACGACAAGCUGAGGGGGCGGCUCCGGACCCUGGAGGGGCGGGUCACCUCCGCCUUGGAGGACAAGAACCACGCCCUCCAGGAGCUGCGCCGCACCGCCCACCAGGAGGAGGCCCCGCCCCCGAGGGACGUCUCCCAGCUGGAGGACGCCCUGAGCAGCCUGAAGGUGGAGCUGCAGAAGACGGUGGGGGAGCACAGCGCCACCCAGAGGAAGAUGGAGGAGGACCUGACCGGCACCAAGCACCAGCUCCUCCGGGUGCGGGAACAGCUGGCCCUCGCCGAGAGAGAGCUGGACAGGAAGUUCCAGGAGACCGCCGCCUACCGAAACAUGAAGGACAUCCUCGGCAAGAAGAACGAGCAGAUCAAGGAGCUCCGACGGAAGCUGGCCGACUACGAGCCGCAGGACUGAGGGGGAGUAUGGGGCCCCCGGGAUACACUAUGAGACAACAGGGGCCACACAGCUGGGGGGGGGAUACAGGGCCCCCGGAUACACCACAAGAUAGACUCCCAACAAGGGCCACACAUGGGGAAAUGAGGCCCCAGGGGACACCACAAGAUAGACACCCAACAAGGGCCACACAUGGGGAAAUGAGGCCCCCGGAUACACGACAAGAUAGAGACUCCCAACAAGGGCCACACAUGGUGAAAUUAGGCCCCCGGGGGACACCACAAGAUAGACACCCAACAGGGGC